AUGGCAGACAACCCUCCUUCAGCAUCCACUUCCAAUCAGGACAGUGCUGUUUCGGCGACUGGCGACAAUUCCAGGAGCCAAAGGGGAGACCGGGAUCAAGGCGGUCGAGGCAGAGGCAGAGGCAGAGGAGGCAGGCAGGAUAGGGGUAGAGGAAAGGGCUUCGGCUCUAAGGACUCAGGGGAACGUCACAAGAAGCGCGAUAUGGGCCGAGGCGAGUAUUUUCGAAACAAUCCAGAUCGACGCGCUCGAAACGACGAGCAGCAUGCUGCAAAGCGGCGGAAGACCGAAGAGGGUGGCCAAAUUGCUACAUAUUCUACAACGUUUACCAAGGAAGAGAUCGAGGCCGAGACUCGUAGACCGAAGCGCAAAGUUGCCGUGAUGAUAGGUUAUGCAGGUUCCGGCUACAAGGGUAUGCAAAUAAAUGCUCAAGAAAAGACCAUCGAAGGAGAUCUUUUCAAAGCGUUUGUGGCUGCAGGUGCUAUAUCGAAGAACAACAGCGAUGACCCGAAAAAGACAAGUCUGGUUCGUUGCGCUAGGACUGACAAAGGUGUGCACGCAGCCGGGAAUGUUAUAUCCUUGAAGCUUAUUGUGGAGGAGUCCGAUAUUGUAGAGACCAUCAACAAGCAUCUGCCUCCUCAGAUUCGGGUGUGGGGGAUCGAGCGAACAAAUGGUUCUUUCAGUUGCUAUCAGACUUGCGAUUCCAGAUGGUACGAAUACCUAAUUCCGACUUAUUCCUUUCUUCCGCCACACCCACAAAGCUUCCUUGGCAAGAAGUUAGUCGAGUCCGCGGAGCAAGAAGGCGUUUUUGAGACUUAUCAAUCUCUGCAGGAGGAUGCGGCUUCAUUUUGGAAGGACGCGGAGGAUACUUAUGUUAAACCGGUACUCGACAAGCUCGAUCCGUCCAUGAGAGAAGCCGUGAUUGCAACAAUCCAUAGCUCUGAGGAAGAAGAAGGAGAAGACGGAGGACCCAAGAAACCAACGAAAAAAAAAGUGAAGGAGGACAAUAAAUCGAGGCUUAAGGAAACCGAUAGCAUCGAACCUAGCGUUGAAGCCAUGAGAGGAGAAGAACCGGCAGUGAAGGAGGAAGAGCCAGCACCCGAGACUGUAUCGGUUCUCACGCCACUUGAAAUGGCUGCCAAAGAGGUCAAGGCUGCUUACAUCACUGCUAAGAAAGCCUACCGCAUCUCAGCGUCUCGCCGACAACGAGUCCAAGAAGCUCUCGAUUGCUAUAUCGGAACUCGAAACUUUCACAACUACACGAUUCAAAAGCCAUUCUCAGACCCCUCCGCCAAGAGAGUCAUCCGCUCGUUCAAGGUUGGAGCUGGUCCAAUAAUCAUCAAUGACACUGAAUGGUUGUCCUUGAAAGUACACGGUCAGUCGUUUAUGAUGCACCAGAUCCGAAAAAUGGUAGCAAUGGCAGCGCUUGUUGUCAGGUGUGGCACCUCAAAAGACAUAAUCCGAGAGAGCUAUGGUCCAGCCAACAUCAGCAUUCCGAAAGCCCCCGGUCUAGGGCUGUUGCUUGAAAGACCUGUAUUUGACAGUUAUAAUGAACGAGCGGUCCGAGAGUACAGCAGGGAAAAACUCGACUUUGACAAAUAUCAAAAGGAAAUGGAUGAAUUCAAGAAAAGGGAGAUUUAUGACAGGAUCUUCAGAGAGGAGGGAAAGGAUCACCAAUUCCAUGCCUUCUUCCACCACAUCGAUCAUUAUCGAACAGACUAUUUUCUUUGGGUUACUGCAAAGGGAAUCUCUGCUGCAGCUCAGAGUAAGAAACCGGCUAGGACAGAUGAUCCGAGCGAUGAUGAGGUUGAUAUCAAUGGUGAGGAGGGUUAA